AAUACCCGAAUGUAUUUCGUCGUGCAUAAUUGUGGCACGUACCAGGUGGGGCAGAUCGCGAGGUCUUCAGUGUAAAGCACCGCAGGGACCCAGGGACUGGGCCCCUGGAGCUAAUUCAAAGAGUGAGGAUACUUCAUAGAAGACAUUCAUAUAUCCAGGAGACCUCGGUGCACCAGGCGUGAUGAAGGGCAUUUUUGCUACGUACCUGUAUUGAACAGCCGCCACAGUACCACCUAUGUCUGGUACACGUCCUAAAGUUUAUGCUCGGCGGUCGUCAAGCAGCAGUUCGGACGAGGAAACGGGAGCUCUGUGCCGCCAAUCUGACUCGGGGGAACUUGCAGUCUCGUCCAGAGAUGCUCAGGCAAAUCAAGAUGGCGUGCAGCUCAGUCUGGCCUGUCAACAGCCAGGCACUGUUCGGGGCAUCAACUAUCAGGUGGAUGGUAGGGAUAACGUCGCACUGCAGCAGGGAGACAACUGCACAAUGGCAAUCACAGGCCCCCUGGUCCAACACGUACAUGUCACGAAUACUAACGGAACUAACGUGGGAUAUGACGAUGAUGAUGAUGACGUUUCGCGGCACCAGACAAACCCAGCAGCUGUGGACACACUGGACGACUUGAAAAGCUUGGCCAUUUGCCAAACACGUCACCCGCCCACGAGAGUACGUAGGCCUCAGCUUCCCUCCACAGAGCAGCUAGGGUGGCUGAAACGGCACCUAAAACGGCACUACAGAACGACGUUGGGGGAAUUCCAGCCUCUUCCCUGGUUUAACGACCUCCAUCUUCAACUGAAGGACGUGUACACAAACCUUCAAAUAGUCAGGAAGGACAGGGCAGAUAGGGACCUACCAUUCAGACGGUCAGGGAGGGGGGAGACUGAGGAAGUAUCUGAUGGUAGUUAUCGAGAUUCCAGAGACGAUUCUGGGUUGAUCAGGAUAGAACAGAUAUUCGAUGUGAAUAGGAAUGGGGAGAUUCUUAGGAUAGAAGAUCAAGGGGAAUUUGAAGAUGAGGAAACUGAGAAACCAAAGAGAAUCAGAAUAGAGGGUCCACCGGGCAUGGGUAAAAGUAUCCAGUGUCGUAAGUUGGCGUUUGACUGGUCCAGUGACUUAUUCAGGCAGUUCGACUUUGCUUUCCUCCUGCAAAUGCGGCACUUUAGUGGCGACGUCAAAGAUGCCAUUUUUGAUCAGCUCUUGCCCGAGGACACAGAAAUAGAUAGGGAAGAACUUUGGUCGUACAUAAAACAACUUACAAACCAGCCCAACGUGCUGUUCAUCCUAGAUGGUUUAGAUGAGUUGAAACCGCAGGUUAGACAGACGUCUGACGUGAUAAAGCUGAUACAGCAAAGAGUCAUGACCGAUGCUACAGUAGUAGUUACGUCCCGUCCUCACGAGUGCACUGCAGACCUGAAGGGUUGUCCCUUACAUUGCAACAUUAAGGGGUACACAAAGUCGAAUAGCCAGGAAUAUAUUCACAAAUAUUUCAAAGGGCGUCCUGAGAUUGCAAAUAGUCUUUUGGCGCGGAUAGCUAGAAACAAGAGCCUAGUUGAACUGGCCUCAAAUCCCCUCAACACCAUGUUACUUUGCAUCGUUUGGGAAGACAAUAACGGUUCACUUCCGUCGACUAUCACGGGUUUAUUCUCUAGCUUGGUCCUCUGCAUUGUGAAGCGUUACUGUAGUAAGAACGACAUAGCUGUAAAUGGCACCGUAAUUCCUGAAAAUGUACAUGAUGAGCUUGUAGAGUUGGGCAGAAUUGCCUGGGAAGGGCUUCUCCGUAAUGAGGUGAAUUUCGAUGAGGCUGAUUUUAAGUCCGUGGACAGAGGCACGGAGAUGCUUAAACUUGGGUUUCUCACGAAGGACCUGGGAGCAUCCCGUAUCGAAGCUUCUUUCGUUUGGUCGUUUCUGCACAAAACCUUCCAAGAGUACAUUGCUGCAGUUUUCCUGUCUAAAGAUGCAGAAAUGCAGGCGGUGUUUGGUGGCACUGUGCCAACGGGCAAGUCUACAUACAUUCCACCGCAGCUUUCUCUGGUCGAAUCAUGUGUUUCAAGACAGCAGGCAUGCGUGUCUUCAAAUACACCUGGUUCCUCUUUCGAAGAUCGUGUGUUGCAAUUGUUGAACAACGAUAAUUUGCAUCAGGUGUUCUUGUUUCUUGUCGGGAUCUUAAAGUACAAAGCACGAGCAGUAUUUGAAUGCUUUGGUAGUCAUCUCAGGGUCUUGAGCAAAAGUGCUGGCGAUGCUACACGGAACAAGUACAAAUUUCUGUUCAGGUUCUUCAUCAAAUGUCUGAUUGAAAGUGAAAACGGCUCAUAUCUAGUGCGAGUGCUUGUUUUCCAACAGCUAUCGAUGUUUCAGAUCUCUUUGGUCAUGUGUAUGAUGAUACAUGGUCUUCCAGUCUGA